AUGGUAUUUUGUGUUUCACCAAAAGCAUUAGAAUUCCUGAAAGCUGCAGCAACAUCAAAUGAAGAUUUCAGUGGAAAAAGAAUCAAUCUAACUGAUCAUUAUCAUCAACAACAAGCAGUUCUUUUCCCAAUUGAAAAACACAAUUACUAUAAUUCAUAUAAGAGGCUACGCGCAAGAGAAGAGAGGAGGUCGUGGCAAACUUACGUCGACGCCCAUCUUCUGGGCGACAUCGAUGGCCAUCAGGUAAAGGCCGCCGCCAUCCUCGGCCACGACGGCAGCGUCUGGGCCCAGAGCACAGCCUUCCCCGAGUUCAAACCUGAAGAGAUUUCUGCAAUCAUAGCUGACUUUGAUGAGUCUGGAUUUCUUGCACCAACUGGAUUAUAUCUUGGGGGGUCAAAGUACAUGGUCAUCCAAAACGAGCCAGGAGCUGUCAUUCGAGGGAAGAAGGUUAGUGUUAUUACCUGUAUGGCUGUAUCCAAUUGGAAAAGUAUGAUGCAUCAUUCAGUUGUCAAGUUUGCUUGCCUUAUGAGACCUUCAAGUUUGGUGAAUCAAUAACUACUGAUUGUCUUGACUUGCAUAAUUUUCCAAUAACAGGUUGUUUCUUCA